UUACCUUCUUAAGGUUGUGAACUUUGAACUUCCGCAUUCUGCGUGUCCGCCAUCUUGAAAAGUGCAGCGAAAGUAAAGGUAACAUCGCGCAAAUUGCUUAGAUUAAGGUCAUACUAUUCUAAUCAAAACAAGCAUUUUUACCGAGUGUAGACAAUUAUUAUUGAAUAUUUCGUCAACCAAAUUUCAUAAUGUCUCUUUAAACUGGCGUUUUAGAGGGCGGUAUAGUUUCUAUAUCUAUAACGCAAUGGAUCCGCAGUAUAGAAAUUUGCUCACGCAGUUUCGGGUCGAACUGGUCAACACUAUAGUCAAUGUGGCCGGAGUCCUUGACCAACUGGUCACGGAGAGAGUCCUUUUAGCAGAAGAAGAGGAUGAUGUUCGGACCAGGAGGAUGCAAACUGACCAGAUACGGACACUACUGACCAUACUACCCACGAAGGGGAACCGGGCCUUCUUGGCUUUCUGUAAAGCGUUGGACAACACAGGAAAUACUCAUCUUAGUAACUUGCUAAUGAACCAAAGGCCCACAGGCAUUGAAAGAUACUUUGACAUCGUCGUGGAAAAUGCCUGCCACGAAUGGAAGGAGAUCGCCCGUAGACUGGGUCUGACUGAGCCCGCCAUCGCCUCCAUAGACGACACCUAUCGAGGAAGAUCGCGGGAAUGCUGCAUCCGGGCACUCAACGUGUGGCUAGGGGAUCAUGGGAGAAACGCAACGGUCGACAUGUUAAAGGAAGCGCUCAUUUCGGCUCGUUUCAGAAGCGUGGCAGAACUUAUAGGUAAUUUCUCUCUGUCUCUCUUUCUUUGUUCUUCCGUCGAUGAUUGAUAUUUCAAAGUGCAUCUAUUCACAACUGCCC